CGGCAAUGAUAACUCUCGACUCAGACUUCUGACGAGACCUUUCAACGACCUUUCGACGGUGAGAGGCGAGUAUCACGAAGGAACAGUAUCUCGCUUGGCUUUCUUUUUGCCAGGGGUUGCGAAAGGUCAGACUCGAUGUAUAAUCGUUCGCGCCGCAUCCCCGAGACGCAUGCAUACGCGAGAACUACUGGAACGCGGAUGCCUGGUGACGUCGACAAGAAGAUGUUGGAUACGCUUCGUCAAAUGGAAACAUCCGAGUUACGUCGUUGUGGAGGAGAAGAGUAUUCGCAGCAUCUUGGACCAAGGGCGCAAUCCGGGCAUACGCACCCUUCUCGUACAAGGACGUUCGAUCGUAAAGGACGUGAGAAAUCACUUGGCGCAUCUGACUACGACGAGAAAGUUCCUUAAAUCGGCUCUCUUCACGCGAUGGGGCGUAUACGUAUGGAAAGAACUCGAUUACUUUUCCGUGGACAAUCAUCUCGCAAAUUCGCCGUAUUCUUUUCGAGGUCGUCCUAUCACCGAGAACAAUAUACAGGAUUACAUAAGCGACGUCACAUCCAAGUUUCUUCCAAAGAAAUUACCGCCUUGGCAAGUGCACGUAGUCAACUUGUUCGUGCGAGGAGAGGAACGUCAGGUGUGUCUGGUGCGAGCGCAUCACUUGCUCCUGCGGCAGGAGCAUCUAACUUUGGCGGAUUUUUUGCCGUUGAAAUAUUCGACGGACAACUGGACUUGUCAAGAGAGCGACUCGCCCUUUACGAAUCUGUAUGCCCAACCCUCCGCUCUACCGCGUCUCCGACAGAUGUUCCGAGAGAGCUUCAGCAACUACUGGAAUGAUUUUCUUUACGAUAACGAUCCUAUGGAGCGGCCGGGGAUUCUAAAGAAGCGUAUAGGAGUGUUUCAGUGUGUCAAGAUCGCGACGAUAGCGUUGGUUUGCACUAUGAAGGAAUUGGCCAGACAGUGCCGAAAGUCGGAAGGAUUAAAAUUUUUGGAGCUUCUGUCGAUCGUCCGGCGCGAAUCGAGCAAGAGAAAUUUCAAUUCUCGGAUGAUAUAUGACUCCAUUGCGAAAUCUUUCCACCCGAUCGACGUUCUCUACACGUGCAUUGCUCUGUCCUGGUACAUCGUGAUUACGUUGUUUUUAAAGACGCCCCUCCUGCUCGUUCGAGAAUUCCGAGCUUUACAGUCGCGGCGUAGACAUUGCAGUUAUCCUGCAGACACCUUGACGUACACCCUGUCGUGUUACCUUCCCCUGACGGUUCAAGCAAUUCGGGAAACGAUGUCCAUUAGCUGGAUAGCCGCGACUGCACCCAAGAUCAUAAUCGAGGAGCUGUUUUUGAAGAAUCCGCAAUCGAAUCGACUGCAAACCAUCUCACCGUGUGGCAGGAAAGUAGUGGCUUGGUCGGAAAAGGUGGACAUCGAGCUCGUAGGAAAAAUGGCUAAUGUAACUGGCGCGACAGAGAUGGAGAUUCUUUUAACGGCUACCGUGGACGCCCUGAAAGAAUAUUUUAAGCACUUGGCCGUCAACGUUCCGGGUGAUGUAUUCGCGACGGUCAAAUACGUCAGUCAGCGAGCAGUGUUUCUUCGAAAUCACGAGGCCAGGGGUAUCCUCUGUAUCGCAUUACCAACCAGAACGCCAUUGUUCCACGACGAUCUCAUUGAAAUAUUGCAGGUUAUUCAGCGAAACGUGCAGAAUGCCAGGUCCCGGCAAAGUGCAAUUUACGCUAUCACGGCAGCGGAAACGUCCUACGGAUUAAUUUCCUCCUGCGUCCCGUCCAUCGUUUUGAAAUUACUUUUAAAUCAACUGUCGAAAAGAUACUCUCUGUGUUUAACGCAUGUUGACGGAGAUUUACCUGUGGAGGGCAUAGACGGAGCGGUUUACUGGCGACCACCGCAAGGAAAUUGCAACAUGUCUAUGACUCUGCACAGGCAUGGGAACGGCGUGCGCCUCGGUAUAAUGGGAGACGCCUUGAUCGGUCCUCAGCAUUUUAUCAUUGCGAGAGCGUUCCCUAAAAGCGUACGAAAUCUCGCCGGCAUUCUAGGCGUUCCGAGAGUACCUAUCCGAAGUCCAAGUCCUAAUCCACUCAAUCCGACUACGUCUCCAGGAUACUGAGCUGAUCGUGGAUACAUAGAGACACUGAGAGACGUUCAGAUUCAUCGGAAAAGGGAACAAGGUUGGACAUUUUCCUUGCUCAACUUCAUAUAUUAUACUAUAUGCAAGAGAUAUAAUAUAUAAUGUACAUAUAUAUUUUUUAUUUUUUGUUUUGUGAAAUAUGUAAUCGAUUAAGUUCGAAACAGUGAUUAAAACACAUUGAUUAUACCAUCAUAUUCAUAACUGGACCGUUUCUUAAGUAUAAAUAAUUCGAUCCACAUUCAAAGAUCUUUACAUUUAUGAUUUACCUGCGCGUUCUUUGGGCAGAUAUUUGACACUGAAAUUUAAAGUUACAUAUAGUAUGUUGGUAUUGUAGAUGGAAUGGAACGUUUAUGUAUGUACAUAUUUAUAUGAAUCAUCAUAACAAAAUAUUUCACGUCGCCUAUCACAUGCAAUAACAUAAUUGAACAAACAAUUAAACUAAAUAAAUAAAUAAUUCAACGAUUUAUAUGGCAGAAUUCUUCUCGCGAAAUUAUACACAAAUUUAUGUCCUAGAUGCUCACAUUUUCUAACAAAA